AUGCCUGUUAAGGUAUGCCCAGACUAUUGCACACAAAAGAGUUCCACACUUGCUGGCUUCAUUAUGCAAUAUUUCGAGAAAUGGUUGAAGAAGUGUGAUCGAAGUGAGAUGUAUGCGAAAUGUUUAACACUGGAAAUUAAGAAUGAAGCGUUCGAAGUGGCGACCGCUAAACAUACUACACAUCUUCAGACGAUCGCCGAGAUUUAUAAGCUGAAUACGGAGGAGAUGAAAUCUAAUGCGCUCGAGGUUGUGAAGGUGAACUUUUUUCGUUGCUGA